AUGGUUAUGGAGAAAGCUGAGUGUAGCCUUACUAGCCAUUUCCGUCGACAAGCGAUCAUACAACCAGACUUUCAUCAGCAAGUGAUGCUAGGUGUGCUCAAAGCCUUGCAAUACUUGCAUCAAAAUGGAAUCAGCCACGGUGACAUUGACCCGCAAAACAUUCUGGUUCGACGAAAAGACGGGGCACCCGAAAACUACAUUGGUGCCGAAGACAUUCGGCUCUGUGACUUUGGUUUGGCACACUCGAUUUCAAAUCCUAUCGGCCACUAUGGCGGCAGAAAAGACGGUUUCAUGGCUCCAGAGCUAGUUUUGAAAGACCACGUGCAUGAUCACGCGAAGGCAGAUAUGUGGUCACUUGGUUGCACGAUGGUUGCAAUGGAAACCGGAGGCUUCCCUCUUAACUGGUACGAACACUAUUCGGAGAAGCACACCCGCACAGAAGAGUUCUUGGCUGCUGUUGAAGAUAAUGUGAAAACACUGCGACAGACAUGGCUGCCCGCUGACCCAGGGGAGGCACAGAUGCUUGAGUUUGAUUUUCUUGUGAAUCCUCUUCUGCAGAUAGACGUCGGCAGCCGUGUGUCGUCCACAGAAGCCUUGAACCACCCCUGGUUUCAGUUCAAAUCUUAUCCUCCACCGAUUUACGUUGUAUCUGAAGAAGAUUUGGAGGAACUCGCAAGGCUGGGUGUGAAAAGGGUACGCAUGCCCCUGUACGGAUAA